UAUCGAAAAUCGUCAAAUUCAAAAAAACACUUGUCACUUGAAUAAUAAAGAAAAGAGAUAGUAAAUAAAAAAAGUAAAGUGAGAAAACAUUGCCAUUCGAAUUUCUCAUGUCCCACCAAUAUAUAAAGUGACAAUCGAAUGGAAUUAUCGAUUCGAACGACUGCUGCUAAUGCUGCUGCAUCCAUAAUGUGUGCAAAUAUCGGAAUGAAAUUUUCAUUAAAUUAUUUUUGGCCACUGUGUUUGUGUUGGCUAUUGAUGAAUCAAUCAUUUUCAUACGCCACAUGCCAUCAUCAUGAUGAUAAUCAAUCAUCGAUACAUUUCACUAGUCUCAAUUCAAGUUCACAACAUAAUCAACGAUCACAACGAUCGGUACCAGAAUUCGAGGCCACAUUGAAUGCGAUGAAAUGUGCUCUACGAAUCGUUGGACUUCAAGUUUCAGAACACCAUAACAACAUGUUCAUGUGUUGCGGCUUAUGGAAAAUGAAAACAUUCAUGAAGGACACGGCUGAUCGUGUGUGUGAAAAUGCCCAUGAAUCGAAACGUGUAUUCGAUGAUUUCAUGACCGACGAGCUUAUCUAUGGCAAAUUCACACAUUCCAUUCUAGGUGAUGAUACAUUGGAUUGUAAAAAAUAUCCGGAAGGAUCACCUGCCUGUGAACGUUUGUUUGCCUUCAUAACAUUCAUCGUGGUCAUGAUCAUUCUGUUGAUAUUGCUGUUGGUUAUGGGUUGUUGUAUGGCCACCGUUUGUUGGCAUCGAUCACGUCGUCAAUAUCAACAAUUAUUACGGCUCAAAUUAACCAAUCUGGAUUCAGACGAAAAGAAUGUCUUUCUGCAGGACCAUUAUGAUGCGAUAGAGAAAGCACAUUCGACGAAGCGAAGAAACUGGACCAAUAAUCUCAAGGUAUUGAUUCCAGGUCGACGACUAGAAAUGAAACAACGUCCCAUUGAUCGACUCAAUCAAUCACAAGUGGAUUCAUCCGGGAAAUCUAGUCCCGAUUCGGCUGUACCACCAUCAACAAAUUCAACGACAACAUCGCGUAACACAUCCACCUUGACGUUGAAUGAAAAUCAUCACCAAGAGAAACCUAAACAAUGAUGGUCACAUUCCAUUCAACCCCAUUUGCUCAACACCUUUAGUGAGAGCUCUAAUUUAUCAUUCUCUUUCUCUCAUUCUCAUUUAUUUGUACUUUUUUCGUGGAUCUCGAAUUUCUCAUCAUCAAAUCAAUCAAUCAAUUAUCGAUACAACACACACACACACACACAUAAUAUCCAUAACUAGAAGUGCCAAAUAUCACCCAUUUACACACUCACGCACACAAACACACAAUGUGAUUCUUUGUAUUGACCUUUGUAAAUCAAAUUGUGGUAUAUAAUAAUCUGUAUUUGGAUAUAUAAUCGUCAUCAUAACAUAACAAAUAAAUAAAUAGUAAAGCUU